GGAGCGCCGGAGCCUCGCAGCCUCGCUUCCUGCAGCACAGGCGCUGGAAACUGCUCCAGAGCACCUCGGGGUGGCGUCUUUUGUCAGCCCCGGCCGGUGGUAUUGGUUACGGAAAAGUUACCUCUUAGCUAAGUUUCGUUUCAGCAACUGUCACUUUCUCCUUCAAAACACACUAUUUCAUAUACUUGAGAGCAGGCUAAAGUGUUACCUUAUUUUAUUUUAUUUUCGGCUAUUAAAAGCUUGCUUUACAUGGUGUGCUUUGUUCAAGUAGGUUUUUAUCAGAACGUUAAAGUCUGACUUGGUUAUCAGAGUUAAUGCUAGAGCUGCUUCGCUUAUAAGUGGGCUUAAGAAUGUGACCUUACCUUAGGUUCUUUUAUUUCUAUUUAUAGGGUUUUGACCGGUUAUCUAAUCUCCUGUGGGAAACCAGCCAUUGCAUAUUUCUGUCAUUAUUGCUGAAGCAGGAGCGUAUUUAAGUAAUCCAGGCAGUCGCAAAGUCAACACAACACCCUUAUGUGUGAAGACAGGUGCAGGUACAGGCUCGGAUUGUGCAGUGGAGGGAAAACGAUCCUGAAUGCACUGCAAUAAGGAAAAUUUAAAGGGGUUCCUAUAAAACAGCGCUGCUGUUUGGCUGUGUGAUUAUGAAACCAUGGCUUUGAAAUGUCCACCCACGCUGAGCAAGUAAUUCAAUACAAAUUUCACAUGACAGAAGAGUAGGAGAAGGCCUCUCUUUAGGAAGGCUGGAUUUAGUUGCUGUUGCAUUCUUUUGAUACAUGCAUGCCUAUGAAUAUAUCUUUUUUGCUGAAAAAUAAAUAUUAAUUACAAAACAAAAGUUGCCUGAUGAUAGUUUCUUGCCUAGUACGAUACACAACUUGGGAAAAUUGGAACUUUCAGCUGAGAGCAUUUGCAUGUGUGGAAGGCUGAGGCACAUGCCCAAAUUACUGCAUGUCAGCAGAGUUCAUUGUUUAAACAUGUGGCAAACACAUAUAUAGACAUGUUAUCUUAGGCUAAAAUAGUUUACUUUUAUGGUGGUUUAUGGCAGGAUUAGUGAGUUACUGUGGCUCUGCUAACUCCAUAGCUUACUGAAACAAAGGAAGCUUGGUUACAUAGCUAAGGCACUGAAGUUUUUUUUCCAUGAUAGCUCAUGUGAAACAGAAGCCUUUUUUAGCUGUGAGAAAUCUAUGCAGUCUGUCUUAUAAUGCCAUACAACAUGUCUUCAGAAUAUUCCUGAAUAUUUUUGCAAGAUAGAAUGUAACAUUCUAUCUCUUCACUUGUUGCUCAAGGAUAGCAGAAUUUAGGCUUGUUUUGCCAAGUGUUUCUUAGCUUUCAACUCUUUCUUUAUUUAUGAGCUAGAGGUUGCACCUUGAUUCACAUUCAGGUAAGGCAUUGAGAUUACUUUCCUUCAGUCUCCUCUUUGCACUAGGGAACUACUCCUCACAUAUGUGCAUGAACAUUGAGUAGGGCUGACAAACUCUCCUUCCCCUUAAAAAAAUUAUACUUUCUCCUGAUCUAAGCAUCAGACAUUUUUUCCGUGCUGGUAUCUUUACUCAUGUGUUCAGAAUUUAAAAACUGCCCCAUACCUUUCACUGCAUUGCUUUCUACUUUUACUUUGAUUUGUUGUGGUUUUCAAUUCUGUUAUCCAAAUGUAACUCAAAGAUGUUUCUAUAAAAUCAUUAAGACUAAUUAACAAAGACAGACUUUUUCUUAAAGAGUGUCAAAUAGCUUCCAACAGCUGGGUUCAGAUUGGAAAAUAGAGAAUGUGAUGAAAGAAAAUCAAGCUUGGUAAAACUAGCUGGCAGGAAAUUCUCGCUAGGUUUUUAGUUUGUUGCAUAUGUACUCUAUGCAUUCUGAUAAGGCUAAUUUAUCCUUAAAUCAUUGCUUUGGUAAAGUUCUCCAAAGGAUCUGAGGUAAGUGUUGACUGACUGACAGUUGAAGGUCUGGGGCUUGAGCCAUGCAGAGGUAAUUUUUGCCAAAUGUUCCCAAAGAUGGGUUGCUGGUUUUAGCCUGGAUUAUAAUAAGGCAGUGUGACUACAUGUGUAGAUUUUAGAGAACUUCACAUUCUGAGUAACCUUGGGGAAGAAUAUCUUUCCAACUUUACAGAUGAGUGGCUGUUCCAUAGUGCCUGGCACUAUAUAAAAACCUUUAAUUCCUAAAAAGUAAUUGUAGUCUUUCUCUGAAAAAUCUGAUGUUGGCCACUGGCCAAUAUCAGGUGUCAGACUUAUGGAACAAUUAUCUGGUGCUCUAUGGUAUUCUAAUUUCCCACUUUAUUAUGGAUUCUGUAAUAUUUAAUAAGGCUUUCCAAACUAAAAAAAAAAAAAAAAUUCCUCGUGAGUGCAAAAGGCAAGGAAAAUCUAAAUCUCUUCAUAAAACAGAGCUUCUUGUUUUCUUUGCUCUGUUUUACUCAAACAUUUUGCUGGGUUUGACAGAUUACUGUUACACAUUGUUUCUUCUCUAUUAUAAGUAUUCUAAUUUUUUAAUGAAAAACAUAUGUUUUUAAAAAUAAUAAUGGUCUUUUAUUUACUUCGAUAGAGCACUGAAAUUAAAUGAAAACCAAGACCAAAUUUUUCUCUUUUUUUGAAAGAGGCAGAUUUAUUACGGGCAUUCUGCUUGCUUUCUCAUUAUCUAAAACUGAACUUUGCUUUUUGUUUUGUAUUCAAAGUUGUUGUUUUUUUUUUUAAUUUUAGCAUAAGUCCUUUAACCUGAGCUAAUAAUAAAAACAUCCUUAAUAUGCAGGAUAUUAGCUUAACCCCAAAACUUAAAAUAUACUAUAAAGGUUAUUGCUUUUGCUUCUCAUUUUCUUGCCAGAACAGCCUUCUUAAGAUUUAAAGUUUAAAACUUAAAUUUUCUUUUUAGUUGCUUAAUUGUGUAAUCGACCACAUUGGCAGUUAUGUUAUAAUUGAAACAUGAUUGGAUAGUGACCAAGAAAAAAAGUUUGAGAUAUCAUUUAGAAGCUUUAAAAGGGAACUUUAAAAAUAAUUUUUUAAAUGCUGGGCUGAACAUUGUCUCCUAAGAUAUUAUUUUACUUUCUUGUAAUCAGAUCUUUCAUUUUUAAAAGAUUACUUGAAAUACAAAACAAUUUGACUCUUUUUCCAGUAUCUUAUUAGAGGAAAAUCCUCACCUAGUCUAUUUUUGUUGUUAUUUGGAGGCCAUGCUGCUGCUUUCCACAGGCUUGCCUUGUCAGUUUGUGGGUUCUACGCAUUUUUUCCACUAAAAUUGCUCUCUGUAUUUUAUUUCUGUGUACAUGUACAGGAUAUAGAGAUUUUUAUUAUAGUAGUGCUGAGAAAAAUUCUGGGAUGCACUGAUCCCAGAGGGUUUUAUUACUGCUGUUGCUGUUCAUUUGCUGGCAGGUUGUCCAGAAGGAACAGCUGAGGAGACAACUCUAAAAGGAUUGCUUUAAACAGUAUGGAUAUAAAAUGUAUCCAAAUCCAGCGCUUUCAGAAAUUUUCUGUAUAAUGGGCUUCUAAUCAUCUUACAUUAGACUUCAAAUCCAUAACUUAGCUUUGCUGAAAUUGUUUUGAAUCUUUCCAUCAGCUUAAAUUAACUUGUUUUUAGGGUGUUCUGUUCUAAAAGAAAAUGCAAAGAAAAUAAAUCAGCAGUUGAGAAAUUUGUAUGCUAAAAAGCAUUCUGCUUUCAGAGAACAUGUUUUCAUCAUAAAAUGCUGAAUAGUUUACUGUUACAGUAAUUUCUGUUUUCAGUUAAUGGUCAGUUAACUUCUCCAAAAUAACUCUGCCUGAUUUUUUAGGGUAGUGACAUAGAGGAAAGGUCUACGUCAGUAGUUAGGCUUGGAGUUGUCUGUACAUGCCUGCUCAUUAAUUGCAGGAUAUUCUUUGACCUUCAUGUUGUGCAUGGUGGUUUUUUUAUCACUUUAAAAACAGCUGUUCCUUAGAAUUUCUCUAUUCUGUUUUUCUAUUGUUUCAUAUUUACUUCUAAAUAUAACACCAAUUUUAAAAUUGUCUGAUUGAUAAGGUCAGAUUGACCGUAGAGAAUUGCAAGAUUUUUGAGUGUUACUGUUGAUUACCAAAUUACUUGGAACUAUAUGAUAAUUUCUGACAUGUAUGUGCUGAAAGAUACAGUGGAAAGUCAUGAAAUUACUCCAUUUCCUCCAUGCUCAAGGGGACUCUGCAUCCUGAGAGCCUUCAGUUAUGAAGGCAACAGAAACACCAGAGGUUCUUGUGCUAACCUCACUCACAUAACAUGAUGGAAAUACACUUAUACUCAGAACUUCAUUAAUCUUAUAAUUGUCUAUAUAGCACAAUAUUUGCUUUAGCCUGCUUUUAACCAUCCAUUUUGUUAACAGAUAAGGUAACAAAUGAAUGUAGCUUUUUAAUCAGAUGCCAAUGUGUUUUGAAAUAUUUUUAAUAAGUAUAGUAGAUGACUAAUACUCCCUUAUAGCCUACCUCACAUUUUGUCAUAGUAGGAACUCAAAGCAUUUUUGCAUAAGUAUAUAUUAAUUCCCAUUACUCCAACAGGCAAUAAUGACUUUCUGAUACAAAGAGAUAAUUUUCUCAAAGCUGCUUGGAAGUUUAUUAAUUCUGUUUAUCAAUAAUUUUCAAGCUCCCAGAACUUUAGAACCAGCUUUUACCCCUUGUAAUAUUCUGAAUUAAAAGUUUAUAUACAUCCAUUUUAAUGGAACUUUUCUGAUUUUAAAUAGAUGCAUAUGAAUUUAAGAGAAUCUGGAAUGUAAAAUGCUCCCACAGCUUCCUUGUCUGUAGUGCAAUUUUUAGGAGUUGAGAAGUUCCAAAUAUAUACUAUUAUGUUGAGUCACUGGGUGUUCUGCAGUUUAAGGUGGGGUCAAAAUGUAUUCCCAAGGAAGUUAAGUAAGUGUUAUUUUUCUCUGCUCUGGCUGCUCUAAAUCAUAUAAAACUUUUUUAAUGUUCCCGCAAUAAAACCACAUAAGAUAUUCUCUUACAUCUGAGAAAAAACAGACUCUCUACUUUGCUUUACCAUGGGAAUAAUUAAAAAAAAAAUUUUCUUUAUCCUAUUCAGGAAGCAAGCAGAAAUUUAAACAAGAGAAAUCCUGGAGUUAAACAAGAAAAAUCCUGGGGUUUUUUCCCAAGGACAAAACUUAAUUUUAGGCUAGAAAUGCUGGCACGUUAAAACACUAGCCUUCAAAAAAACUCUCUUUCCUUUAUAGUUUGAAAACACAUAGGAAGAUUUUAAAAGGGAGAAAAAUAACUUUUAAACAAAAAACCUUUAAUUUGAUUUGUGUUUCUUCAGCAUUUCAUAUACUAUUACUUUUGAUCAGAGUUUAGCUGCUUGCUUUUUCUGAUCUAUGUUGUUAGAUUGUCUGUGUUUCUAAUACUGAAGUAAUUAGAGUUCAAUUUCUGGAUUGCACACAAAUUACAUAUAAUUAGGGUAAUUUCCCUUUGCCUAGUCUUUCAACCUGAAAUGGAGAAGUGAUUGUUCCCUUCUCCACAAGCUUUCCUUCUCUUCUCUUGGAAGAAGGGAGCCUAUUUUGUCUUGAAAAGACAAGUAGCAACUUAAAUAUCCUUUACAUAAAAUGCUACAUCCAAUCUCAUGGAUUUGGCAUUUUAUGUAAAGGAUAUGGACUACCAAUUCAUGUAAAUUCCAUAUUGAAGUUCAUGCUGAGUUCUGAAUUUGGGUCAUAUAGUCUUCUUCAAAAAUAGAUUGCAAAGUAAGGAGGAUUUAAAAUUAACCUUUAUGUGUCUUGAUAGAGCUUAAGUAUCAGAACUAGAAUGGUCAAAUAAAUAUUGCGGGAUUUAGCUGUCCUUUUGCUUAGACUGAUGUCAUAUGCCUCAUCCCCUGAGCCUACUGCUGACUUAUUAGACAUGGUGUUAAUUUUGCUUUUAUUGAAGACCAAGAAAGAGUGAAGGUUGACUUAUACACUGAGCCCUUAACUAGCAAAGUGUUUUUCAGAGCAUGUAAUAAUUUGCUUUGCCUCUAUCACAAGUAGCAAGUUUAUAGGGAUUUAUCAGCUCCCAACUCAUUAGAGGCUAAGAACUGGGUAGGAUUUAGCAGCAAAACUGUCAUCAGAGAGGACAAAUGCAGAGCGCUAGACAGAAACUUGCAUUGGUUCUCCCUGUCUCACAUUCAUUUCUAUAGAUAAAUAACUUAAGUCCUUGUGGAGUCAAGGUCAUGUGUUCCACAAAACAUGUUUGCAUCAACUAAACAGAAAAAUAGUCUGAUAAAUGUAGCUGACUAUAAAAGGAAACUUUAAUAAUACAAAUUAAUAUGUAUUGAAACCACCAAACCAGGAGCUCUCAGAACAUCUAUAGGUGAUUGAGUUUGAUUUAAAUUUGAUUUGCAUCAGCUUUGUAUUUGGUGGUCAGGAAUCAUUCCUCAUUGCAAGGAAAUACUGUCCAAUUUAAAACCUUAACAUGUUUAUAAUUCUUAAGGAAUGUCAAUGGCUGAUCAAGUAUUGUAAAGAGUAACCAGCAGGCUCUAAAAUUCCACAUGUUCACAGGUGUUUCUCUUAAUUUAGAUUUUGAGCGUCAGUAGUGCAAUGCAGCAACCUCGCUUGAUCAUAUGUGAGUCCUGAAUAGGCACCCUGACUAUUAGCAUACAUUUUCAGGGAACUGCCCAAAUUUUGUAUCAACACUCAGUUUUGCUCUGUGUCUUUUUCAGGGAAAUGGAAUCCUUUUCAGUUUCCCCUCUCCAUUUUGUUUGUGUUUAAGACCAGCUGUGUCUCAGUGAUCACAGUAGCCAAGAGCAAUAGUCUAGCUGUAGAAUAGUGAGGGACAGGAACUGGUGAUUGUUUCCUUCAUGCAAAUCUGCUUGCUUUAUGCAUUGUUAUUCAUCAUAAUAGUCUUCAGCAACUUGGCUGUGAAUUGUUGAUAGCUGACUGCAGAACAUGAAACAGAAGCGCCUCUUGGGUCAGGAGUUUUGCCCAUUGUAACAUCAUAAUGUAAUCCUGUUUGAACUGUGGAUUUGUGGACUUAAUACAAAGACAUAUAAAAGGGGGAAACUCAGUCUUUGCACUUUAAAUGGAAAAUAAGAUCUCUGUUUGUUGUAAGCAUAGGCAUAAGCAGUUAUGCUGGGACUUGCAUCCUGAGUAGGUGGAGCAACCUCAGUCCUGAGGAGGUGUGGUUAAAGUUCAUCCCUGAGUUUCUGGUUUCUUUGAACCCAGACUGGCUAGGCUUUGGGCAGAUUUUGAGACAUCUGACUCAAUCCAAGGUGCAGUAAAUUCUGACUUCACUCCUCAGACCUGUCUACAGAGGUUACUCUAUAGUUCCAGCUAAUUUAUGUGAGGUGAAAAAGAGCAAGUUGGUUAGUCCAUACACCAGUACUGAAGAUAUUAAAAUAUUUUGUGAAAUACAUAGUGAAACAACUAUAGUUUGCAUAGCUUAUUUUUGUGUCUCUAAUCUCUGUAAUCACUCUGAAAUAAUUUUUCCAAACACUGGCAUUCCUUUCCAUGGGAAAAGACGGCACUUUGGCUAAAAUGGAAAAAUACUGUUGUUGAGUUGGCUAGUUAGCUAUUCAAUUAAUAUAAUCUUUAGCACUCAAUGACAUAUAUCAGAAGCUUGGUUGUCAAGACACACUCUGAAAAUUCCAUGGAUUUCAAGUGUUAUCUAAGUGGCAAGUAUUAUGUCUUGUAUUAUUGUCACAUUAAUAUAAAACUUGAAUACCUGUGGUCUGAAAGUUAUAUAGAAAAUAAUUCCUACUUACUUGUGGAAAAUGAGAAGAAAUGCACAUAUAGAAGCAAAAUCUAUGGAGGAAAAAGGGUAUUUCUAAUGGUAUUUUUUUCCAAUGUAUCAUAUAAAAAUACAUUAUAUAAUAACAUAUAAUACAUACAUCAUAUAAAUAUAUACUAUAAUAAAUUAUUCUCUAAUAUUCAUUGUUUCAUAGAAUUAACACCCUGCUGACUGUGUUUGCAGGAGUUACAUGAAGUGCUGCAACUUGACCUGGUAUAAAGUAGUAUUUCCCUGAUUGGAAAGAUCCAGGUGCACUGUAUGCUGAUGAAUGCACGUCCCUCUUCAGAGCUCUCUGGCAAAUUGGCUUUGAUAACUUACCCAGUUGAAAAAGCACAAAUAACACAGCAAAAUCCAAAUAUAACUUCCAAAUAGAGAAAGGAGAAGACAAGAAAGUAAACAAGUGAGACUCUACCGUUGCAACAGCACUUGCAGGCAGAUGUUGUAAGGUGGUAUAGCAUAUACUGGCUAAAAGAGCUUCUUGGAAGAAAGAAUGUGAUAUUCAUUUACUUCAAAGAUUACUUUAAACCACCCCAGCAUCGAGAAAAGGUAUGUAGUUAUUAUGGUGGCUUAUAGCCAAAGAAAAUCCUGCUGGCAUUUGAGGAGGAAUAGAAAACACGUGAAGCUUCCAUGGAACAACACCUGAUCAGUUGUUACCUCCCAGCCAGCAGGAUUCACGGUGUGCCUGCUGGGCUCUGCCGCCUGCAAGCCGUGCCUGGCAGCUCUGAGGUGUGUCCUGGGACUGCUGAGACACAGCAGUGGGGAUGGCAAGCAAGGGGUGCAAAUCCAGGCUGCCUUUCUGUGCAGGAAAAACAGACCAGGAGCAGUAAGGGCUGCCCAGGAAGCCACUCUGCAACAUGACAUAUGAAGAUUAUGAGAACUACUCUUAUUUCUACUAUCCGUCUGAGGAAGAUGAGUCACCCCAGUCCUCCCUCAGCAUUGCCCAUAUUAUUUCCCUUUUCUUUUACAGUGUGGCAUUUCUGCUGGGAGUGCCAGGUAAUGCCAUUGUCAUCUGGUUUAUGGGCUUUAAGUGGGAUAAAUCUGUUUCCACACUCUGGUUCCUGAAUCUGGCCAUUGCAGAUUUCAUUUUUGUUCUCUUCCUGCCCCUCUAUAUUACAUAUGUGGCAAUGGGCUUCCAUUGGCCUUUUGGGAAGUGGCUCUGCAAAAUGAACUCCUUCAUUGCACUACUUAAUAUGUUUGCCAGUGUUUUCUUCCUGACAUUCAUCAGCCUCGACCGCUACAUCCGCCUUGUCCACCCAGUCUUUUCCUACAAAUACAGGACUGUAAAGAACACCCUUCUUCUGAGCGGGGUCAUUUGGAUGUCAGCUGCAAUUAUUGGUGGCCCUGCCUUAUACUUUAGAGACACAGCUACAGGCCUCAACAAUGUCACUGUUUGCUUCAACAACUUCCAUGUAUAUGACAGAGAACUUAUUUUGCUGACACAUCACAUUCUCAUUUGGGUGAGGCUUGCAUUUGGUUACCUCUUUCCUUUAGUGACCAUGGUUAUUUGCUACUCACUGCUGAUUGUCAAAGUGAAGAGGAGAACUGUAUUGACUUCUAGCAGGCUUUUCUGGACCAUCACUGCUGUAAUUGUAGCUUUUUUUGUCUGCUGGACACCAUAUCAUAUAUUCAGCAUUGUGGAGCUGAAUGCUCACCAUGAUGAAAAUUUGCACGACUUACUACAGGAUGGCAUUCCCCUCUCCACUGGCCUUGGUUUCAUCAACAGUUGCCUCAACCCAAUCCUCUAUGUUCUGAUUAGCAAAAAGUUCCAAUCCCAGGUGAAGAGCACGGUGUCUGAGGUGCUGAAGCUGGCCCUGUGGGAGGUGAGCCGCUCGGGGACGGUCAGCGAGCAGCUGUGGAGCUCGGACAGCGCACCUGUGCACUACUCUGAAACCGCCCAGUGACUCUCGUGGCACCAGCUCUCCCCAAAGGAGCUGACAGGAGAUUUGCAGGUCUUCUUGACUUCACAUCUGCCACUCAGAUGUGCAUCUUUGCAUAUACAGUUUUCUGUAAACAGCUGGCUUAAUUGCACUUGCUGCUUUAAUUGAAAGGUUUUUCAGGGACACAUGAUUUGGAUGUGUGCCCUUGCAAUGCACAUACAGCCUGAACUGAAAGUUAUCAGCAUAGGUGGAAUGACUCUAACUGGGCUUUUGAUAAGGAAUGUUGUUGUAAUCCUGUUGAUUUGCUGUAGUUCUAUACCUCAUUGAUAUCAAAAGGACACAUAAUAAAAAUAUUCCUCCUUGCCAUUGCUGAUACCACUCUUAAUUGAGGCAUUCUCAUUCAAGAGGCUGUGGCCAUACAUCACUGCAUCAUGAGUCUCCUGAUUGCCUACUACUGCCCCAAGGAGGAAUCCCCUGGCUACAUCACACCUAAAUGAAGCUAUUAGUGGCACCACUCUGCAGCUGGAGAAGAAUCGCAAGAUGGAGAACACUCAAUUGCUGACUUCUAUUGUCAAAAAAGAAAAAUACGGAAAUAUAACCUGUCUUCUCUGCCUGCUCUUUAUCUUACACUCAAAACUAAGACAGGAGACCUUGUUUUUUGGGGUUACUUACUGUAUUUUUAGCACCAGCCAGAUGCAAAAUUCUGAGCGAUGUUUCAUAAAAGUAUUAUGCUCAUUCAAAGUGUGCAAAGAGUUAGUGAAAAUAUUUCUUACAACUUCUGUGCCACACUUAUUUUUCUGUUUAAAAUGUGAGUCCUACAGAGAUUUACAACUAAUGAUUGCUCUUUAUUACUCUUUCAAGCAAAGGUAAAGAAAUAAUAUAACAUUUUGUUUGCCUUAAUGACAAGCUUAAAAAAAUGGGUGGAGUGAAUUCAUCAGAAUUCUGUUACAAGUCUGUAGCCAAAUUUGGACGUCUUUUCUAAGUAAAAGGCAAGACAGUUCAUCCAGGAAAUGGAGUCCACUCCCAUAAGAAAGAUGAAGUAGUCCUAGUUAUGCUGUAUUCUGUUCCAACUUGUUGCUUGCUGCAGAAUCACACAUACAUCAAUGCAAAUAUAUAUAUGCUAUGUGGAGUGAACCAAUUUCUGAUGUAGUACUACUUAAUUAAAAAGUUGAAUGUGGGACAAAACUCUACUGAAAGUAAAAGCAUGGAGCCUUGGGAAAAUUUGAACUGUUAUUUCCUAGUUAUUGGCCUAGUAAUUGCCUUUCAGAUAACUUACCUAGUUUGUAUGGCCUGCCAACACAUUAGUAACAUUAAUGCUAUAAUUAAGUCCUUAUGUGUAAAUAGAUUUGCUUUCCUAUAAAAUAUGUAUGAGCACAUCCAAUAUUGGUAGCUGCACAAAUAGAAACAGCCUGACUGUGGUCUGUAACUAUUUCUUUGGGCUCUGGUUUCAGAGUCUAAGAGUCAGGCAGGAUCAGUGGAAUUUUGGAGUAUUUCCCUUUGGGUUGAAAAGCUGGUAAGCAGCACUCUUCCUCUGAGUCACUUGCUGCCUGGUACAUAGUUGCUCAUCGUAAUAUUUUGGCACCAUGCUGCUGUAUGUGCCUGAAUCAAACAUUUUGCAGUUUUUCUUCCCAUGUUCCCUGACAUCUUUCUAAGAAUCUCUUGGCUGUAGUCCAAGUGAAGUAAUAAAAUUUUCUUGUUUCCAAAAA